AUGGCUUCUCUUCUCGUCGGGCCACCUGAAAUCUACGCACAAUCGUCGUCCUCCGCCGCCACCGAUGAUGUACACAUCAGAACAAUGGUCUCAAAUUUCCGCCGGAAUUCUCUAUUCGGUUACUGGCCUGAAAUGGCCCCCACCGAAAAUAUUUGUCCGACGUUUCUAUCGACGGGCAACCCCUGUCUGGAUUUCUUCUUCCAUGUCGUCCCCGACACGCCGCCGGAAACCUUGAUCAACCGCCUGCGGCUCGCCUGGGAUCACGACCCAUUGAAGGCCCUGAAGCUUGUCUGCAAUCUCCGAGGGGUCAGAGGCACCGGAAAAUCUGACAAAGAAGGAUUCUACACAGCCGCGCUGUGGCUGCACCAUCGCCACUCCAAAACCCUAGCCGCCAACGUAGCUGCUUUCGCGGAUUUCGGCUACCUAAAAGAUUUGCUGGAGAUCCUUUUCCGGAUCCUAGAAGGGCCCAAGGCGCGACAAUCGGCGAAAGAGAUGGGGGAGAAGUGGAAAGUUUGGAAAUGGGCCAAGGCGGAGUGGGUGCGUGUAAAAAAGGAGAUGAGGAAUUGUGGUACAACACCAAAUCCACAUUUGUUUACGACGAAGCAAAUUUUGAAGGCUCAGUUGAUGGAGCGUAGGAGAAAUCUGGAAACGGGGCAAACCCGCCAAGAGAAGAGGCUGAAGAUGGCCAAGAGGGCUGUGAAGAUGUAUAAUGAGGAUCCCAAUUUCAAGUUGUUGCACGACCAAGUCUCAGAUGUCUUCGCGCAGCGGUUGAGAUCGGAUAUGGAGAUGCUGAAAUCGGGGGAUCUGAACAAGAUCAGCCUCGCCGCGAAAUGGUGCCCCUCUCUGGAUUCGUCGUUCGACAGAAUAACCCUGCUGUGUGAAACCAUAGCGAAGAAGGUGUUUCCGAGGGCGGAAUAUGCAGAGUAUCAAGGCGUGGAGGAGGCGCAUUACGCGUAUCGUGUGAGGGAUCGUUUGAGGAAGGAGGUGCUGGUGCCGCUGCGGAAGCGGAAGCGGCACAACGGAGGCAAUUAUUCAUACAAGAGAGUGGCGUCUGUGGCUAUGAAGACCAACUGCCAAAACUUUUACGUGCACGACGGGGAAAAGUUUAGCGAGUACCUUGAUAGAGUGAGGUCCGGCGAGGCCAAGAUCGCAGCUGGUGCGUUGCUCCCUCAUGAGAUGACCGCCGCCUUCGCCUCUCGGAAUGAAGAUAGCCUAGCCGCCAAAGUGUCGGAGCUUCAGUGGAAGAGGAUGGUGGAGGACAUGGCGAAGAAGGGGAAACUGAGCAAUUGCCUUGCAGUCUCUGAUGUUUCCGGUGCGAGGUUGAAUGGCUUCCCGAUGGAGGCGUCAGUGGCACUCGGAGUUCUGGUGUCGGAGCUGAGCGAAGAGCCGUGGAAGGGGAAGCUCAUCACUUUCAACAGAACCCCACAGCUCCACAUACUCGAGGGAGAUAGCUUGAAGGGGAAGGUGAAUUUGGUGAGACGACAUAUGCAGACGCGGUUAGGGAACACCAGUGAUUUGCAGAAGGUGUUUGAUGUGAUACUGCAAGUGGCGGAGAAGGGGAAGUUGAAGGCGGAGGAGAUGAUAAAGAGGCUGUUUGUGUUCAGCGAUAUGGAAUUCGACAACGCGUCGCUGAAUCCGUGGGAGACGGAUUAUGAGGUCAUCGUGAGGAAGUUUAGAGAGAAGGGAUAUGGAGAAUGCGUGCCGGAGAUUGUGUUUUGGAAUUUGAAGGAUUCAAAGGCGACGCCUGUGCCGGCGAACCAGCCGGGGGUGGCGCUGGUGAGCGGCUACUCCAAGAAUUUGAUGACUUUGUUUCUUGAAGAGGGCGGAGUAAUGGAUCCAGUGGCGGUGAUGGAAGCCGCAAUUUCUGGGGAAGAGUAUAACAAACUGGUUGUUUUAGAUUGAUUCAAUUACUAUAUGCUAGUAAAAGAUAUCCCGUCUUUUAUCAAAGCCUGGAAAUGCUAUUUACUUAUUUUGAAACAUAAAUUUAUAAAAUAUAUAAAUUA